AUUCCCGCAAAUAUAGCAUUGAGCUGUCUCAGAUCAGUGCCACUCGAUGCGGAAGGUGGAACUAGGCAACUGCUGGGAUUGAAGACUGUACUUCAGUUUCAAAGCACUCUAGAAUUCACGAAGGACCCACCAAGUGGAUGGGUUCGUCCGGCGACUGAUCUGAUAGGAGGAUUGGACACUCUUCAACAUCGGCUCAAUGCUUCGGUGUAUACUAAUGAGUACGACUUUCAAUUCGAUCUUUACCGACUCGUGAACAGUGCCUACGACUUUCACCUGGUCUACACCCCAGACAUCGUCAACGUAUUCUCGUUUGGCUUCGGCACUGCUCUUUACUCGCUCUCUCAAGAUGGAUUGUCAUUACCAGAAGUGUACUACGGACGGAAAGACGCGCUCGCGUCAUCUGCAGCCAACUCCAGUGGCGUUUCUCCCCUUGUCAAGAUUGACGAUCGAGAUGUGCAGACUGCACUGAACGAGUUCGCCAUCAACAACACCCAAUUCCAGGAUCUCGACGCCGGUUACAAUGCAGUCUUCUACGUGGUCCCAUUAGGAUCUCCCGGCUACUGGGCAGGCGCACUGGCACCCUUCAAUGCAGGAGCUUCGAUCCAGCUUACUUUUGCCAAUGGCACUGUCAUUCCGACACCACAGAUGGCGGCGACAAGCAAGAACUUCACGGGCGUUGUUGAUGGCAAGAGUUUCUUCCAGAAAUUCUGCACUGGGGCAUCGGCCACGCAUGCGAUCACAAAGAAGCGACAGGCAUUGGCCUCCCCGAACGAGUCGCCAUUCGCACCUGUCUGGACUUCAACCAAGCAAAAAGGCCCCGCACAUUACCCGAAACCUCUGGUGACUGCCCCGAGCAAUGCUAUCUCUGGCUUCGUGAACCUUGAACAGCCGGAGCUCGCAGUUCUAGCUGUACCCACUUUUGAGACAGAGCAUUGGGUUGAGUUUCAAAACACAAUCCGCGAGCUGUUGGCUACAGCGAAAGAUUUGGGAAAGACACGCCUUAUCAUCGACCUUCGCGGCAACACUGGUGGCCGGGUGCCUCUCGGCCUCGAUUUCUUCUCGCAACUGUUCCCCAAGAUGUACGCCUACAAUGGCAACAACUUCCGUGCACACGACCUGUUCAACCGAAUGGGCAAGAUCAUCACCGAGCAUUUCGCAGGCAUCGACGCGGCAGAAGCACAACGAUCUGGCGCGAGUCGCAAUGCAAGUAUUUAUACCAAUCUCAACGCUGCGGUCGGUUUGAACCAAGCCGGCAAGAAUUUCGCCUCGUGGGAAGACUUCUACGGCCCCAAUCAAGCUCACGGCGGCAGCUUUACGAACAUCGAACGCUGGAACUUGUCCGACUCCGCGCAGAUGACCGGCCCUUUCAACUGGAACGUCAGCAACCACGGCGGCGACCUUGUCAACAUCAAUAAAGGCAUCACUGUCUUCGACCCGAAAAACAUCCUCCUCAUCCACGACGGCUUCUGCGGUUCGACGUGUGCCGAUUUCGCCGAGCUGAUGAAAGCACAAGCUGGCGUCCGCUCGAUCGCCUUCGGCGGUCGCAAGCAAACCGGACCCAUGCAGGGUGUCGGUAACGUCAAGGGUGCGAGUGUCUGGCCUAUGAACUUCAUCGGCACGCUCAUCACCGAAGCCUUCUCGUUCGCUACUCCUGACGUCGCGAACCAGCUGGACGCGACAUACGGCAGGUCCCUCGCAGCAUUGGAGCACACGCUCAGCCGCGCCGGGAUCAAGGGCACCAGCGACGUGCAGGCGAAGGUCAAUACACGCAACAACAUCCGGCGGAACGACACCUCGCUGACACCACUGCACUUCGUCUACGAGGCCGCCGACUGUCGCCUGUUCUACACCGCCGCCUCGCUGUCCGAUCAGAGUGUGGUAUGGUCCGCCGCAUAUGAUGCCAUGUGGGGAAGCGCAGCUUGCGUCGACGGCUCG